UUUCAUUGAUAAAUUAUAGUUUAUCUGGUUAAUAACAAUAAGAUAUUUCCCAAAAGAUGAAUGAAUCCCCUACGCGAAUCAAUUCAAAAACUACCGAGUUGGAAACUGUCAAUGAAGAGUCCACUAUGAAAAACACUAUGACAAGACCAUCUGUAAACAAUACAUUGAAACAGGAAAGAAAUUCUCGACUGGAUAUUUUAUCAAGGCAGAAAGGUGUGAAACGAUUAUCAUUGGGAAAACAUCCAGGCGCUGCACAACCACAACCACAAACUCCUGCAAGUUGUCCUAAUCGUUCACCACUGACCUGUUACAACACCUCACUCAAUGGUCCAAUAUCUGCAGUUGAAACUAAUAAAAUCUUGACAUUUCGUGAUGUUGACCUUCCAACAGUUGGUGGCAGUGGAGGUGUUAGUGGAGUUGUUAGUAGGAAGAUUAGUCAAAACACUCAGUCGUCAUCCUCUCUUACAUCAUUGAUUAGUACUCGUCGACCACCAGUAUCAUUGUUAGGUAUUUUAGCAGCUAAACGAAUUACUCGAAAAUUUUUGUCCACAUUAAUUGAUGUCAAACAACAACGACGUUUGAGUACAUUUAGCAGACUGU